GCCGGGCUGCGACAAUGCCUUCCAUUCAGCCCUGUCCCCGCUGCCAGGCCUGCGGGCCGGAAGGCCGGCUCCCGCGUGUCCAGGCAGGGGCCGCCGUCGGCCUUCCCCUGCACUGCGCCUCUAGGCUGGACCGACAGCGCCAGCAGCAUGGAGGGGCCCCAGAGCUCCUCCCGCUUCUCCUUGGUGCUGCUCCUUCUGCUGCUGCUGGGCCUAGUGUGGCCCACGGCCGCUCAACGCUGCCCACGGAUUUGCAUCUGUGACAACCCCAGGUGGCAUGUGAGCUGCCGGCACCAGAACCUCACCGAGGUGCCGGACACUAUCCCUGAGCUGACCCAGCGGCUGGACCUCCAGGGCAACAUGCUGAAGGUGAUUCCUCCAGCUGCUUUCCAGGCCCUGCCCCACCUGACGCACCUGGACCUGCGGCACUGUCAGGUGGAGCAGGUGGCCGAGGGUGCCUUCCGCGGCCUGGGCCGUCUGCUCCUCCUCAACCUGGCCGCCAACCGACUGAGCACACUGCCCCAGGAGGCGCUGGACGGGCUGGGCUCGCUGCGGCGCCUGGAGCUGGAAGGGAACUUGCUGGAGGAGCUGCGGCCGGGGACAUUCCAGGCCCUGGGCGCACUGGCCACCCUGAACCUGGCCCACAAUGCCCUUGUCUACCUGCCCGCCAUGGCCUUCCAGGGGCUGCUGCGCACCCGCUGGCUGCAGCUGUCCCACAACGCGCUCAGCGUGCUGGCCCCCGAGGCCCUGGCCGGGCUGCCGGCCCUGCGCCGGCUCAGCCUGCACCACAACGAGCUGCAGGCCCUGCCCGGGACGGCCCUGUCGCAGGCCCGCGGCCUGGUCCGCCUCGAGCUGGGCCACAACCCGCUCACCUACGCGGGCGAGGAGGACGGGCUGGCGCUGCCCGGCCUGCGGGAGCUGCGGCUGGAGCGCGGGGCCCUGCAGGCCCUGGACGCCCGCGCCUUCGCCCGCUGCCCGCGCCUGCACACCCUGGACCUCCGCGGGAACCAGCUGGACGCCCUGCCCCCGCUGCAGGGCCCCGGGCGGCUGCGCCGGCUGCGGCUGCAGGGGAACCCGCUGUGGUGCGGCUGCCGGGCGCGGCCGCUGCUCGAGUGGCUGGCGCGGGCGCGCGUGCGGGCCGACGGCGCGUGCGGGGGGCCGCGGCGCCUGCGCGGGGAGCCCCUGGACGCCCUGCGGCCUGCCGACCUGCGCUGCCCGGGGGACGGCCUGGAGGAGGAGGCCGAGGAGCUGGCUGCGGCCGCCAGGGCCCGCGCCCCCACCCGGGCCCCCACGGGGGACAACGGGGCGACCAGGCCCUGCCCGCGCGCCUGCGUGUGCGUCUCCGAGUCCCGGCACAGCAGCUGCGAGGGCCGCGGUUUGCGGGUCGUGCCCGUCGGCUUCUCCAACAGCACGCGGCUCCUGGACCUGAGGAGGAACCGCUUCCCCGUGGUGCCCCGAGCGGCCUUCCCCGGGCUGGGCGACCUCGUGUCCUUGCACCUGCAGCACUGCGGCAUCGCGGAGCUGGAGGCCGGCGCCUUGGCGGGGCUGAGCCGCCUCAUCUACCUCUACCUCUCGGACAACCAGCUCUCCGGCCUCAGCGCUGCCGCCCUGGAAGGGGCCCCCCACCUGGGGUACCUGUACCUGGAGCGCAACCGCUUCCUGCAGGUGCCGGGGGCCGCCAUGCGGGCCCUGCCCAGCCUCUUCUCCCUGCACCUGCAGGGCAACGCUGUGACCCGCCUGGCACCUGGGGACCUGGCCGGGGCACGGGCCUUGCGCUGGCUCUACCUGAGUGGGAACCACAUCAGCCACGUGUCCCCUGGGGCCCUGGGCCCAGCUCAGGAGCUGGAGAAGUUGCACCUGGACCGGAACCAGCUGCGAGAGGUGCCCACCGGGGCCUUGGAGGGGCUGCCUGCCCUCCUGGAGCUGCAGCUCUCGGGGAACCUGCUCCGGGCCCUGCAGGAUGGGGCCUUCCGGCCUGUGGCCGGGUCGCUGCAGCACCUCUUCCUGAACAGCAGUGGUCUGGAGCAGAUUUCUCCAGGGGCCUUCUCAGGCCUGGAGUCUGGGCUCCAGAGCCUGCAUCUGCAGAAUAACCAGCUGUCGGCCCUGCCAGCCCUGCCCGCCCUCACCCGGCUCGAGCUCAUCGACCUUAGUGGUAAUCCCUUCCACUGCGACUGCCAGCUGCUCCCGCUGCACAGGUGGCUCACCGGGCUGAACCUGUGGGUGGGGGCCACCUGUGCUGCCCCUCCCAGUGCCCGUGGCCAGAGGGUGAAGGCUGCGACUGCCGUCUUCGAGACCUGCCCAGGCUGGGCUGCCAGGAAGGCCAAGCGGAUGCCAGCCCUCAGGCCCAGCGCCAGGAGAGCACCCCGCACAGGGAGGCAGCGGGGAGCAAACAAGGUGGGGAAGGAAAGGAGCCGCCUCUGAGUGCUGGAGCAGGGCCGGCCCUCCAGGACCCCCCCCCCCCACCGGCGGCUCUUACUCUCGUCAGGAACGGGCUCAGACACGGUCUUCUCUGCGGCCUGCACGUCCUCCUCCAGCAGGGGCUUCUUGGAGCCCUGUCUGAGGGGCCGGGUCUUGAUGGGUGGGAUUCUUUUCCCUUUGAAUAAAACUGGAAUCA